GUAGUCCCUUACGUUCCGCAGCGGGGGUGGUGCUGAGGGGACCACGGCUCCCAUCGUGCAAAGUGGAGGAAGUGACGUCAGGGAGAGGGCCGCGCGCGCGCGGAGGCUGCUGGGUAAAAGUCUCCGAGCGGCUGGGCGCUGGGUUCUGGUUCCGGGUCAGAGGUGAGGAGCUGCCGGACCACGAUGCUGAUCAAAGUGAAGACGCUGACCGGGAAGGAGAUCGAGAUCGACAUUGAGCCCACAGACAAGGUGGAGCGGAUAAAGGAGCGCGUGGAGGAGAAGGAGGGGAUCCCACCCCAGCAGCAGCGUCUCAUCUACAGCGGCAAGCAGAUGAACGACGAGAAGACGGCGGCCGAUUACAAGAUCCAGGGCGGCUCUGUCCUCCACCUGGUUUUGGCUCUGCGGGGGGGGCAGCUACGGUGAUGGGACCCCCCUCCCCCCCGCUGGAGCGACAGAGCCCCCCACACGCACACACACUGCUCUGCUAGCACUGUCCGGAUGGCUGCUUCCCCCUCCCCCAUGGACUCUCAGUGGGGGCGGCCGUCCAUGGGGGGCUGGGCCGGUGCUCGGGGGUCCCCGUUGGUGUCUUGUUCCGUGUGUUUGGAUCGCUGAGUGUUAAUAAAGGUGUCUCAGUGCA